GGGACGAUGGAAACGACACUAGUCCUGGAGCCUAGAAGUAACCUGAAGAGUGUCGACUCCCAGCUCAGCCUGUCUGCCGUCUCUCAGAGCGACAGCGCCUCAUCAACCCAGUCUCUGACCCACGGUGGCGUCCCUGAACUGCUGGUGGGUCUCUCCUACAAUGCCACAACGGGACGCAUGUCUGUGGAGCUCAUCAAGGGCAGCCACUUCAGAAACCUUGCCAUGAACAGGCCACCAGACACCUAUGGACGACUGACUCUGCUGAAUUCAGUUGGUCAAGAGAUCUGUCGGACUAAGACGACAGUACGCCGUGGUCAGCCCAACCCCGUGUACAAGGAGACAUUUAUCUUCCAGGUUGCUCUGUUCCAGCUGUCAGAUGUCACUCUGCUGAUCUCUAUCUACAACCGCCGCAGCAUGAAGCGCAAGGAGAUGGUGGGUUGGAUCGCUCUGGGCCAGAACAGCAGCGGCGAUGAAGAGCAGCUUCACUGGCAGGACAUGAGGGAGGGUCGAGGACAGCAGGUCUGCCGCUGGCACGUCCUGCUAGAGGCAUAAAAUAACUGUCGGGCAGGACUUUACUUUCCUCUUUGGUUUUUCUUAUAUUUUUUUAUUCUGUAGUUAGACAGAUUUAGAGCUUUUGGAAAAGAAAAGGAAAGCCUUGAUUUAGAGAGUGGAUUAUUAUGGUUAAGAUUUCAGGCCUCAGUGAUUCACAGAAUCUCCCCAAUUUUUACAUCCAGCACAGAUGGUUAGUUUGUGUCAGCAUGCAGGACAAAGUCAUCGGUCCUCAGGCUGUAAUCGGUUUAAAAUACAAGCUUUCAAUUCAUGUUUCAGGAAAGAAAAAAUAU